CUUUACUUGAGAAUUAUGUUAUUAUUAAUCAAAUUUCAAUUUAUUACUUGACUGUACAUGUACUUGACCUUCGAGUUUUAUGAUUAUAAUCAUUAAUAAAGUGACAAUUCUAUGAAAUGUGUUACCAAAAUAAAGUUUAAUUAUAUAAACAACAUUUAAACAAAUAAUCUAAACAAUGGCUCAAACUAAUCAAGUAAACCUGGAUAUGGGUGAUGAGGAUGUUGAUCAGAAUCAGCCUCGAAUUAACCGAAUGGACUCCGUUGCUAGGCCUGUAGCACCAAAUAGGAGUAAUGUGGGUCUAGGAGACAGACUGAAUAUUAUGUUCAGAGAAAUACGGCCGCUGGUCGAACAUGCGCGAAUGGGUAACAAUGCUAGACUAUCAUUACCAACCUGGUUACCUCGGAAUCCACCAAAUACACAUCAACUGGGUGAAGGUCCCCAAAGGCCCCAAAGCUCUAUAGCGCAUGUAAAUCUGGGACCUGCUGCUCAAGCAUACGUGGUUACUGACAGAGUAACACCACCUUCAAAUGCAAGGGCACAAACAAGUCAUGGGUUAAAUACAAGUGUCUCUAAUGAUUCCAACAUAUCUGAACAAGCAGAGGAUAUCAAUAUUUCAGUGAAUCCCGCCAAUAACAAUAAUAUAAAUGAUAAUGCUGAUGAUAGUCAAAGUGAUGAUGGUACACAGCAGGUUGUGGAUGUACGUGGAACACUAAAUCUUUUAAUAAGAUAUGCUCCAUUUUACUUCAUUCUCUUCAUAAAGUAUUUAUAUGACAGUAGAGAAGCUAUUUUCACAUUUAUACUAUUAUUUUUCAUGUUCUGUCAUAGUGAUAGCCUUGUUAGAAGAGAACAUGGUAAACAAAUGAACCGCAGCUUCUUAGCUCUGCUGAGUGAAUUACUUUUCUCAUCAAGCUGUAUAGUAAUAGUCCACUUUCUCUUUGGCCAUGGAAGACUCUUACCAAAUGUUAUUAUGUUCCCUGGAUACACAGAACCAAUAGAUGUAUGGGAACUUAUGUGGUUGGUUGUACUGACCGACCUAAUUGUUAAGAUUAUAACUGUGAAUACAAAAAUUUUUGUAACAAUGAUGCCAUCGUUUAUAUUGCCUUAUCAGAAACGGGGUAAGGUAUACCUUUUCACCGAAGCAGUGUCUCAGUUAUACCGUGCCUUGAUUACUAUUCAGCCAUGGAUAUUCUUCUUAAUGCAGUCCUAUGAAGGCUCAGAGAAGAUGGUGGGAAUGUUUCUUACAUCUGCAUAUGUAUUCGCUAAAGUUGUGGAGAUAAUCGUCCGGCUAAGGCUGUUUAAGAAUGCCACAUGGACAUUGCUGCAAAGUGUGAACCUGGGUACGAAACCAACAGUGGAGCAGCUAAUAUCAGCAGGAGACUCAUGUCCGAUAUGUCACGAUGACUACACCACCCCUGUGCGAUUAGGUUGCAGUCACAUAUUCUGUGAGCUUUGUAUAGCGGCCUGGUUGGAUAGGGAACAUACUUGUCCACUCUGCAGGGCCAAGGUGGCCGAUGAACCUACUUGGAGAGAUGGCUCCACUACAUAUGAGCUUCAAUUGUAUUAGAGAAUUCUUCGGUAACAUUAUAGCAAUAUAAAAUUCAUUAUUACUGAGAACUGGUACAUAUAAUAUUUCUUACAGAUUCUAUUUUUUGUUUGGAAGAUAAAAAUGAAGUUGGUGUGUUUUGUUGUUUGACCGGGUUAUAUAUACAAAAGAAACAAAAUUACUUCGAGUUCCAAAAGAGUAAGAAUAGUCUUAUAUGAGGAAAUAUUCAUUAAGAAGACGGCGUAAUGUGACUACAGUCACUCUUAAAUGAAGGUUUGCUUAAUAAAGUUCCUUAUGCGUAAAGAAUUUAGUCAUCAUUAUUUAGGAUACUCUCCAGCUGGUGAUUUUAUUUAUCGGGCAUAUCAGAUGUCCCAAUUCCUUGUGCAUAUAUGGAUAUUAUGGUAACUAAUUAUAUCUAAUAUAAGGACAUUAUUACCAAUCUUAGUACCCAUGGCGCCAAGUCAACGAACGCAUGGCGUAUAAAAAGCGGCUGAUGCCUUAUGAAACGAAUGGUUUCAAAGUGGAAGGCAGCUAUAAAAAUUAUUGAUAAAACACUCAUAGAGUUUACGUACUUCAAAAUUUUUAUUAAUAUUAUAGAAAAUUGUCUAGGUUUAUGUUUAAACUUGCUUUGAAUGCAUCCGCUAUUCGUAAAUUCGAAAUUAUUUACAUGGCAAACUUUUUAAUUCCCUAGUCGUAAUUUUCAUAUAAAAUACAAAAAAUCCUUAUACUGGUUUCACCAGUUUAGAUUUGAUCUGAGGUCCAUAUUCUAAAUUUUAAGGGGCCGUUUAUUAAUCAUAAUUUUUUAGCAACGUUUUCCGUUCUAUUAAAAAGAAAAUAAAUCCUAGUCGUAUUGAGAGUAAGACACGAAAGAAAAUUAAUAUUUGUGAUAGUUUUUGUGUAUGGUGAAAUUUCUGUAACCUUAAACCGAAUGAGAUGGUAAAUUAACUUAACAUUUAACAUUAACUUUUAGUGAUGUACCUAAUUAUAUUUUUAUAUAAAUACUAUUUUUUAUUUUACAUAUUUUAUUUACAUCUUAAAAAAACAAUGUUUAUCAUUUUUAAUUGCCAACUUCUAGUUUUUAAGUUGAAUUGUAUGUAUUAAAAAAAAUGGAUAAUUUGUAAGCAGAUGUACUUACUGAAUGUAAGUCCACGAGCAUAUAUCUAUUUGAAUCAGGUCUAUUCCAACUUGAACAGUCCAAGGUACAUCGAAAUCGGUACUGAGCCUUUUCAGAGAUAUUAAGCAUUUUUCUAACUGGGAGUUUUAUUCUUAAUUACUUAUAUGAUUUAAUUUUAUAAAUGUAUCUCUCCAGUUGUACUAUUAAUCCAAUGCGAGUUAGUGGCACUGGAUGAUGUAGUCGUUUGCAAGCUUAUGUAUUGUGUAGUAUAGAAUGUGUAUAUGUAAAUAUUUCAUAAUAUUUUUUUUGUUAAAUUAUGUGCAUAUAAAUCAGUAGAGAAUGGUUUAAUGUGUAAAUAUGUUGUCGGUUGUUAUAGCUCUAAUAUGAGUUUGGCAAACACUGCUUAAUAUUUGUAUGAAACGUAGUUUUUCGUGUUUACACCACCAGAAGCGCUGAUAGAUUUUUUAUGCGUUAAUUUAGUGUAUUUUUCAAAAUUCUAGCAUUGUUUCCAAUAACCGAAAGAAUUCGUUCGUACUAAAUAUUUCUGAUUUUGUUAUGUAUUAUUUAAUUUUCGGCCUCUCUAUAGUUAAGUUAAUUUUAAAUAUUAUAAAAGACAAUCCCUAAACAUAACUACUGUCGCUAAUUCGCUUUGCAAUAAUAAAGAUUUUCUCCUAGUAAACAAUAAUAUGUACUAUGUAAGAUAGAUAAACUCAUAAUAAACUAUGAAGCAUUAAUUCACUUGCGAAUUAAGAUGCCAAAUAUAUAAAAUAUUAUAUUUAAGAAUAAAAAAUGUUAUAAUUCCACUAAAUAUAUGUAUUAUUCGUUAUAUUUAAAGUAAGUGUUAAUUACCUUAGAUUAUUUAAGAAAGAUGUGAUAUAAUAAAAAAGAAACGGUGAUAUUUAAGUA